CUUACAUUGUGGUCUAUACUCUAUACAUCCACUGAAUCUAGCUGCGAUGACAUACAUGGAAACUCCAUUAGAAUCAAGUGCAAACAAUCAUCUUAAACCCAAAGAAGAAGAGAAGAAAGAAGAAGACAUCUUGAGUCUUGCCAUGGAAAUGCUGGGUUUGAAUGUGGUUCCACUGGCGGUGAAUUCAGCUGUUGAGCUUGGUGUGUUUGACACCAUAGCCAAAGCUGGUGAAGGUGCCAUGCUCUCUGCAAAGGAAAUUGCGUCUCAGAUUGGGAGCAACAACCCAGAAGCACCUCACAUGCUAGAUCACUUUCUUAAGUUGUUGGCAAGUCACUCUCUCCUUUGUUGCUCUGUUUCCCAACAAGAUCAUAGUCACAGACUCUACAGCCUCUCCCCUCGCUCCAAGUAUUUUGUCACCGAUGCCGAUGAUGGCAGCUCGUUGGGACCAACCUUUGCUUUGCUUCUCGACAAUGUCUUCUACCAAAGCUGGACGGAAGUGAAAAGAGCAAUUAUGGAAGGUGGAAUUCCAUUCAACAGGGUUUAUGGCAUGCAUGCCUUUGAGUAUCGGCUAGAUCAAAGGUUCAAUUAGGUGUUCAACAAAGCUAUGGUAAAUUCCACCAAUCUGAAUGUGAAGAUGGUUGUUGAUUACGAACGACUAAAUGACAUUGCUGGAAGUGCAUAUUAUGUUGCACCAGAGGUACUUCACAGGUCAUAUAGUGUGGAAGCAGAAAUAUGGAACCAGAGGUACUCUGGAUCGAGCAAUAAAGCUGUGUAA